GAGAGAGAGAGAGCGAGAGGAGAGAGAGAGAGUAUAUGUGGUAGCUGUAGAUAUUCUCGGUUUUUAAGUUCAUAGAAUUCCUGAGAAUGGAAGCACAGGAAAAUUGGUGCUCUGAAUGCCUUUAAUGGCGGAGUGAGAAACAGAGACAGGGAAAUUCAAGAAGGGGGUGAGUUGAGAAAUGAAACUAGCAAGUUUCGUUUUCAAUUGGUAUCGUCGGCUGCAGCGUUCUACGAGUCUCUUCCUGCUGAACAAGUGAUCGAAAUCCGCCCCGAUCUUUGAUGGCGAAAACAGGUGUGUUUGAUUCUGAUCCCACGGUCAUGGGGAAGGCGACGGAGUUGAAGAAGGAGUUACAGAGACUCAUUCUGGCUAUAAUAGACGACGACAAUUACUCCACCGACACCAUCGAUCACGCUAAAGAGAUUCUAUGUGCCCUCAAGGAGUUGAAACUCCGGAAGAGAUCGCGCUCUUCUAAUCUUUACGAGAACCUCAUCUGCCCUGAUCAAUUCCGCUGUCCGCUCUCCAGAGAACUCAUGAGAGAUCCUGUUGUUGUAUCUACUGGCGAGACAUACGACAGACCCUUUAUCCACAAAUGGUUAAAAGCAGGAAACCGGACGUGCCCCAGAACUCAGCAAGUUCUUUCACACACUAACCUCACUCCCAAUCACUUGAUUCGUGAAAUGAUUUCUCAAUGGUGUAAAAGUCGGGGAAUCGAGCUGCAAGAUCGUGUUCAUUAUCUUGAUGACGACACGAUAACGGAGGCUGAUAGGGAUCAGUUCCUUACGUUAAUAGAGAAAAUGUCUAUGACAAUAUCUGAACAGAAAGCAGCUGCAAAGGAGCUUCGCAUGUUGACAAAGCGGAUGCCCUCAUUUCGAGCACUUUUUGGUGAGUCCCUUGAUGCGAUCUCUUCGCUGCUUAGUCCACUUUGUGGAGAUAAUUCACAAAGCAGUAUUCACACCGACCUGCAAGAAGAUGUGAUUACGACCCUCCUGAAUCUGUCAAUCCAUGACAACAACAAAAAGCUUGUUGCUGAAACUCCCAAGGUAAUACCUCUUCUCAUGGAGGCGUUGAGAUCGGGAACCAUGGAAACGAGGAGCAAUGCUGCUGCAGCCCUUUUUACUUUGUCUGCUCUCGACUCAAACAAAGCACUUAUCGGGAAAUCUGGUGCCUUGGAACCGCUUAUCGACCUUUUAGAUGAGGGACAUCCAUUAGCUAUCAAAGAUGCUGCUUCAGCAAUAUUCAAUCUUUGUAUAAUUCAUGAAAACAAAGCAAGAGCUGUGCGAGAUGGUGCAGUUAGAGUGCUUCUAAAAAAGAUCAUGAAGCAAAUGCAUGUUGAUGAAUUGUUGGCUAUUCUUGCAAUGCUUUCAAACCAUCCAAAAGCUAUCGAAGAAAUGGGAGAACUUGGAGCUGUUCCUUUCUUGCUCAGAAUUAUCAGAGAAAGUCCUUGUUCACGUAACAAGGAGAAUUGCAUCGUGAUCAUCCAUGCUAUCUGCUUAUAUGAUCGCACGAAGUGGAAGGACAUAAGGGAGGAGGAGAAAAGCUAUCGAACUAUCUCCGAACUUGCUCAGAAUGGGACUUCAAGGGCCAAGAGAAAGGCCAGUGGCAUACUUGAGAGACUGAACAGGGCAGUUAAUAUGACCCAUACUGCAUGAUGAAAUUCUUGGUGUUGUCAUGAAAAAAAUUUGUAGAUUCUGCCUCUAAAUCCCGCACUCUGGUCUUCGAUAAGACUCAGUCAUCUGUUUGGGUAAAUCUUCAAUCAUCUUUUCUGUAUAUUCUCUUUUCCUGUGGAGUCUAAUUUCGAUUUCACUACUGCCAGGUUCAUCAGUUAGCACUGUGAAUAAAUGUGAAGUGAGUUCUGUUGAUAAGUUUUUAUUGCUUGUUCUUUUGA